AUGGACAUAUUUUCUGCGAUGGGCAUUGUUGGAUUCGGCAAGGCUGCCAAAAAGCGAGAGCUUGAUCCCAACAGGUUCGACAAAACGAAGCGUGAGGAGCUAGUGCAGCCCAAAGUGGAGGCGAAAUCCUUGAUCCCUGUUUCAGGGCCUUCCACAGUAUCUAUCCGGGCACAAUAUCAAUCUGACGAAGACUCGGACGACCCCGGGCCUUCCCUUCCGCAACCAGGCCUUUUCAAACAGGAUACUGAUGGCGUAGGUGAUGAAGACAACGAAGAUGAUGAUGCUGUCUCUACUGACGACGAGCCUGAAUACGACCCCAGCGCUCCCUCGCUAUCGGCCCCCGAUUUUCCGAUCACCCACGAGGCAACGCUCAAAGAGCACACCAAGGUGAUUUCCGCGCUUACAGUGGAUCCGAGCGGUGCACGUGUUUUGAGUGGCUCGCAUGACUAUGAUUGUAAGUUGUGGGAUUUUGGUGGAAUGACGACGCAAACGAGGUCCUUCAAGACGUGGGAGCCUGCGGGCAGUUACUAUGUUAAUGAUCUCAAGUACUCUAACGAUGGCCAGCAGUUCCUCGUAAUUUCAGGGACAAUUCAGGCUAAGCUGUUUGAUCGGGAGGGCGAGGAGAAAGCAACGUUCGUCAAGGGUGAUAUGUAUAUCAGAGACAUGAAGCACACUGCUGGACACGUCGGGGAACUUUCAAGCUGCAUGUGGCAUCCGAAGGACAAGCAGUAUUUUAUCACUAGUUCGGCAGACUCGACCAUUAGAAUAUGGGAUGUCGAGAACAAACGAAAGCAGAAAUCUGUUAUUGUUGUCAAAUCAAAAGAACGUGGUGCACGGACCAAAGUGACGACGUGCGCUUACUCUACCGACGGAACGCUGAUUGGAGGCGCCUGUCUGGAUGGCGCACUGCAUAUGUGGCAGGCAUCAUCAAAUUUUGUGAGACCAAACAUGACGAUCGAGGGCGCACACACGAAAGGCACAGAUGUUGGAUCUCUGGUUUUUUCCGUUGAUGGGAGAACAGUGCUGACGAGAGGAGGGGACGACACCGUUAAGCUGUGGGAUUUACGAGCCUUUAAACGACCGCUCGCGUCACAUUCGGGGGCUACUACAUUGUAUCCUGGCACUAAUGCUACGUUCAGCCCUGAUGAAAAGCAUAUCCUAACAGGCACCGGAGCCCCCUCAAAGGGAGGACGAGGUAAAUUGACGUUACUCAGCCGAGAGAAUCUCAGUGUCGUAAAGGAGAUCGACAUGGACACGACACCUGUCAAAGUGGUCUGGCACUCCAAGAUAAAUCAAAUUAUUACAGGUCUUGCGAACGGUACCAUUUCAGUGCUGUAUUCGCCGAAGACAUCGUUGAAUGGUGCAAAACUGUUGCUAUCAAAGGGAGCCCCAAAAAGACCGACGAUCGAGGACUUGUCGGACGCACUCGCUGCACCAACGAUCUUGACGCCACAUGCCUUGCCAAUGUUCAAAGAUGGGGAGGGAUUAGUGAAGGGAAUGAAGAGGAAGCGGGAAAAGGACCGGAUGGACCCGAGGAAGAGCAGGAGGCCGGAGUUACCGGUUACAGGACCGGGUCGGGGAGGACGAGUCGGUGCGAGCGCGACGCAGCACGUUGUGCAGAACUUGGUGCGGGAUACAACACGCGACGAAGAUCCACGGGAGGCAUUACUCAAGUAUGCGAAGAUGGCAGACGAAGACCCCCAAUGGACUUCAGCAUGGCGACAAAACCAGCCCAAACCCGUGUUUGCGAACGUCUCAGAGGACGAGGAGGAAGAGGAGGAAGGAUGA